GUAAUAAAUCUGAGAAUUUUACUAUAUUAGCUUGUGCUCUCUUAAAAUUUCGGUUUAUAUAUUUUAACCUUUCGUUACUAUAUUUCUCUAAUUUCUUCUCUUUUCUCCCUCUCUCUCUCUCUUUCAAACUAUUGCCUUUCGUUUUACACACACACAUAUACACACAUUUACAAAUAAAUACAAUUGAAUAAAAAAUAAUAUACAAAAGAAUAUAUGAGUUCGAUUACGACCGACGAAAGCAGUUAUGGGAGUCAUUUAUGGCGGCAACCCUCCGUCAUGUCUGCAGCCAGUAGUAAUUUAACAUCAAGUAGUGGAGCAGAUAGCUGUAUUUCGAUGGAUAGCGGCUGUAUGACCUCUACCGAUCAACUUUCCUUUCUUACACAUCGUUCAGAAAACUACCAUCAGUUAAUGGACGAUUUAGCCAUCAUUGAUGAAAUUUAUCAGACCUUUGACGAUGAGGUCGAAUCAGAGCCCUAUGAAAGACAAGUAGCGGAUGCAGCUAGAAACGUAGCACAAAAGAAAAGCGUUGCUGAUCAGAUGUGUCAGUCCGAGCAACAGCAUAUAAAUGAUAUGUUGAAUUUCGAACGUUAUUAUCUCACACCCAUCAAUGAGUGGAUCAAUGAUCCCGCCAAUGCUGGCAUUUUCGCUAAAUAUCCUGGCCUUUGCUCAAAACCCGCCAUGAACAACCUUUUUGCCGAUACAGCCGAAAUGACUUUGGCUCAUCAAAAUUUCUGUAGAGUUUUAAAAGAAAGACUUGAUAUGUGGGGUCCAACUCAAUUCAUAUCCGAUAUUUUUGCCCAUUUCUAUGACAAACUGAACGUGUAUGAAACGUUUUUAAAUGGUUACCCAAAUACAAUUGUAACAAUCGACAGUUUAUAUACUAAAUCCGCGACUUUCCCAAAAUACAUUGAAAAUUACGUUUCACAAGCAAAUAAUCCCACUGUAAAAGACCUUGUAUAUUACUUGAAGAGCUCCAUUAGUCGACUUUCCUCUUACUCAAUUUAUGUUACUGAACUGGCUUCAGCAACCGAGCCAUCUCAUCCCGAUUAUCAGGCUUUGAAUCGUAUCAAGGAUAAAUUUGUUCAACGUGAGAAACAAUGGAAAACAAUUGUGAAGGACCGUUUAGGUCAUGUUCGUGUUCUAGAAGCAUCAAGAUCUAUUCAGGGCAACAUUGCUGUUGUAAACAUUGCAAGACGAUUAUACAUUUCCAGUGUGAUUACACAAGUGGAUCUUACGGAGCCUCAUUCAACAGCAGAUACACGUACAUAUGUAUUGUACAAUGAUAUGCUCAUUUACUGCCAAAAGAUCAAGAGUUACAGUAAGAAGGCAUCAAAAUCAGGAUCCGGUGGGCCUGUUAAAUUACAAUUCAAGGGAAUCAUCAGUUUGAAGGUGGCCGAGGUUCUUCCGCUGUCAGCUAAAACGAUUGCCAAAAUCUCCGAAGUGAAAAAACACAGCGCAUUAAGCUCAUUUAUGCGCAAGUCUGAGCCACAAACUACUGCUGGACCUCGAUUAGUGUAUGGAUUUGAAUUGAAAGUACAAGGAUCUUCGGAUGAAGUAAUGGGACUUGGAGAUAACUACGUGUAUCCUAUGCCCACACACGGUCCCUUAAGUAUUGUCAAGCGAACUUUGAUCAUGAGAACCCAAACUGAAGCUGAACAAAAUGCUUGGAUGACUUUAAUUCGUAGAGUGCAUCACAAUGUGACACGCAAGAGAUAAUCUUCUUUCUCUUCCCAAUCCCUUCCUUUUCCUAACCAACCAAAAAAAAAAAAAUAUAUAUGUCAUAAUUAUCUUUUCUCUCUCUCUUUUUUUUUUUUUUGUUCUUUUUUUUUACAACUCAUUUACACUUCACACCUCCACACACACCAUAUAUAUGCAUCAUGAUGAAUUCGAAAUAAAAAUAAAUAAAAAACCCCGCUGUUAAAU